CGGGCCAGGAGAAUCGAUAAUGUGAUAUGUAAGCCAAGCGACUUCCUCUUGAAGACAUAUAUAAGUAGGAUAUAACUUGCUCAUGAUACAGAAGACAUUUCCAUUCCGCUUUACGUCCAGCAUUAACUGAUUAACCAUGGCUUCUGACACCAUCAGCACCCUCCAGUACUUCACUGCUCCACUUGACGGCUCUCGGCCUUACAAUAGAAUCUACGCAGAUAGCACCACGACAAAGCCGCCCCGCAACUGGACCCAGGAGCCGCAUGACGUGCAAAUUGAGGACGUGCGCGGGAAGGAGGAACUUUACAAGGUUGACAAUGCUGGAUUUCAGUAUGGGCGAGAAGCAGCGAAGCACACCAGCUUCUUGAAUGAUGGUGAAGUUGAACGCGAAUACUAUCCUGAGAGUAUCGACCUCAUCAAGAGGGUCACGGGAGCGACCAGCGUUGUCAUCUUCGAUCACACUAUUCGUCGCCGUCGCCCAGGUGAGGCAGGUGAUGACCCACAGAAACGUCAACCAGUCUCCGCGGUUCAUGUGGACCAAACAACUGCGUCGUCCAUUGCUCGUGUUCAUAGGCACCUCCCGCCUACAGAAGCUCCUUCCCUCCUUCGCAGACGCUUUCAAAUCAUAAACCUUUGGCGUCCUAUAUCGCAUGCAGCUGUAGAUUGGCCGCUUGCACUAUGCGACUUCCGCAGUGUAGAUGUGGAGAAAGACUUGGUGCCUGUCGCUCUUCUAUACGCUGACCGCGAGGGUGAGACAUUUGGAGUCAAAUACAACCCAAACCACCAGUGGAAAUACCUGAAGGCAAUGACCCCGGAAGAGUUUGUUCUUAUCAAAUGCUUUGAUUCGAUAGAAGAUGGCAGUGUCGCGAGGUUGACCCCUCAUACUGGGUUCCAGGACCCAAACACUCCAGAGGGAACGCCGGCUCGGGAAUCCAUCGAGCUGAGAGCUCUGGUAUUCUAUGAUUAGAACAAGUGGCGUUAAGAGUUGACAAAGAACUCAUACCGCGUUUCGUUGCUAUAUCUGUAUGCGUAGUUGUACUUUGCUGAUUUAAUCUUGGACAUUUUGCACAAUCCUUGUGAACUUAUCGUGACUGUCAUGACACUAUCCAUGCAUUCAUGAGAAGGAUGCAUGCGACAUGGAGAAUUCUGAAGCGAUGUCGAGG